UAUUUUUUAUUUUUUAUUUUUUUUGACUGUUUAAUUAUAAAAUGGCAAGUCAGGUUCUGUUAUUGAGUGUUUAGGGCCAAUAAAAAGGAGGUUGUGUAAUGAAUUUUUUUUCUUCUUUUAAGAGUACAUGGUUAUGUAUGUUUUUAUCUUUAGGCCAUUGAGAAGCAAUCUUCAAACUUACAGGUUCUUUUAUGAUUUUUUUUCUUUUUUUUUUUUCCUUUUAACACAUGAUUUAAUAUCCUUUCAUGGUAGUAAAGCGCAGCUCCCGUCCAUCUUUUUGCAUAAUUAUGAGGGCUUCCAUGCGGCUUAUGCCCAAAAAGAAACAAAGUUUUAGCAAAUUAUCUAUUUCUGUCAUAUUUGGAUUCUCGGCAUGUGUAUUUUCUGCUUUAAAAUUAAUGUCUAGGUAGAAGCACUGACUAAUCAGGAAGAAGUUGAAUUGCGUUCCAAGAUUGAGGCCCUUGGGUUGGAGGUUAGGAAAGUCCCUUCAAAAUCCAUCCAGAGCCUUGAUGAGGGAAUCGGAUAAAUUUUGGGCAAAGUUGAAUGGUGUGGAUGAUAUGAUCUUCAGCCACAGCCUUAGAUGCAGAGGUGCAGUCUCUCUUGAGCAGUAGUGCCAAUUUAAGGAUGGUCGUUAUUACUGCCACUGCUGAUGAGCAACGGCACUUGACAGGGACAUCAUCAAUUGGGGAGUAUAGUCAUCAGGUCAGAAGAAAAAAUUUCCAAUUACAUUCUCAACUUAUUUUAAUUUUAAUGGAAAUGUGACUAGAAGAUCUUAAAUAUCUUCGAACUUUUUUUAAAAUCUUUUCCCUGAAUUUACCAUGUAACGAGUUAGGCCGUCUCUAAUUGGGGCAACACAAGCGUUACCCUUUUAGCCCAUCGGAGUGGGAGAUGGUUUCCCUGGUAAACGCUUGUGGUACCGUAACCUAAAUGUAACUCCAUUUUAUUUUUCUCUUUACUCCAUAUAUUAUUUUAAGUUUAGGAAUCUGAGUGUAUGAUAGUGCAAUUUGUAGAGCCAAUCUUUUUUUUAUAAUCUUUUAUACAAUUUUUACAUAAAUGAAUUAAAAGAGCUAAU